AUGUCUGUCAUGAUCAGAGCGCUAUCACUCCCGGCCGUGUCUCGCGAGGAGCGGGUAAACCGCAACCUUGACCAGUGCACCCAUUUGGAUCACCUGUACGCAGGCAUUCCCAGCUCGGAAUACCACAAACGCAAACUCUCCAUGAUCCACAAUUUCUUCGACAUUCUUCUGUCUCUCUUCGGUUCGAACUAUGGCUAUUCUGUGCACACUGGCCCCUUUCAUCGCUUCAGAGCAUGGGCACAUUCGUCUGCUCACCGGCACAACUUCAAUCCAUGGUCGCCCGUAAAUGACAAUCAAGCUUCUUCAGCGAGUAAGGCUCCGACGCAGAGCGAAGAUUCGACAGAGCAGAAAAAGCACAACCGCUCCAUUGUUGGUCGCGUGCUAGCCAAUAUCAAGGUCGCCCUGUUCCACAGCUGGGUGAAUGUUCUCCUGGUUUUUGUGCCCGUGGGCAUCGCCAUCCACUUUGCCGGAAUCAACCCGAAUGUGGUUUUUGCGAUCAAUGCGAUUGCCAUUAUCCCUUUGGCUGGGCUUCUGACAUUCGCAACCGAAAGCGUUGCUCAUCGGCUUGGGCCCACUUUGGGAGCUCUGCUGAAUGUGAGUUUUGGAAAUGCAGUCGAGUUGAUCAUAUUUAUUGCCCUGGUCAAGGAUGAGAUUCGCAUUGUCCAAGCUUCCCUGAUCGGCUCACUUCUUGCCAACCUCCUCCUCAUCUUGGGUAUGGCCUUUUUGAUUGGAGGCCUAGAGUUCCAGGAGCAGAUUUAUGACAGCACCGUUACUCAGAUGUCGGCUUGCUUAUUGGCGCUGGCGGUUCUUAGCUUGCUCAUUCCGACCGCCUUCCACGCGUCUUUCAGUGACCUUCAGAAAGCUGAUCGCGCGGUCAUCAAACUCAGCCGAGGGACUUCCGUCAUACUACUCAUCAUCUAUGUCCUUUACCUGCUCUUCCAACUGAAGUCCCAUGCGUAUCUCUAUCAAGGAACACCACAACACAUCAUCGAUGAAGAGGCGACGCCGGGUAUCCUUCAACGCUUCGACUCUACGAGCUCCUCCUCUGCCAGUUCUUCAAGAUCAUCUAUUACGAGUGGCUCGCAUCGGCGUGUGAGCAAGAGGCUCAGGGCUAAGCUGGGCCGGAGACGGGAGGUGAAAACCGAGGUCGAGUCUGAAGUGGCAAAUGGAGAAUCCGCUGUACAGAUGGAUCCGAACGUGAUUGACGUUCACGCAGAAAAGACUGCCGAGCCAGAGGAGAUCAAGUCGCAAGACGUAUCAAUGGAAGGUAUGCCACCCAAUCCUCCGGCAGCUUCAGCCAAGGAUAAGAAACCAAACACUGGGUCCCGCGGACUCUCUUUCCGAACUCCGCCAGUGUUCCGAUCAUCAACACAUCCGGCCCCCAACGGCAGAGAACCAAAUUAUCACUCUCAUUCCCUUCGACAGUGUUCGUCAGCCCCCAACGAUCAACAAAGCCAAGGUCUGGGAGCUGCACGAAUCGUACGCCGCACGACACCGAAAACUGCGCCCACAGAGGACGACGCUCCUCCCAUGAGCCAAACCGCUUCGAUAGUGCUCCUGCUGGCCUCCACCGCUCUUGUUGCACUCUGUGCGGAGUUCCUUGUUGGAAGUAUUGAGCACUUGGUGGAAGACUCUCCCUUGUCGGAGGCUUUCAUUGGGCUGAUCAUCCUGCCCAUCGUUGGCAAUGCUGCCGAGCAUGUCACGGCUGUAACGGUGGCCGCCAAGAACAAGCUCGACCUCGCCUUGGGGGUGUCGCUCGGAUCGUCCAUUCAAAUUGCGCUCUUUGUUACUCCAUUCGUCGUGAUUCUGGGGUGGAUCAUGGACAAGGACAUGUCUCUGUACUUCAGCUUGUUCGAGACUGGGUCGUUGUUUGUUUCCACCUUCAUCGUCAACUUCCUAGUCCUGGACGGACGCAGCAACUAUCUGGAGGGCGCGCUGUUGUGCGCGUGCUAUGUGAUUGUGGCUGUCGGAGCAUACUUCUUCCCCGACGGACAGGACCAGAGUUCGCUAACAAGUGGACCCUCGACUUGA